GUCAGCUGGUAGGUAACGUGACUUUCUAUCACACAGGAGAUGGCAGACAAGCAAUAUCGCUGCCAGGCGAAUUUAUGCCUAGUCCUUAGGUGUAAUAUCGUGUCUGGUCUGCCUCAGCCUUUGCUUACACUGUUUUCUAUUUUUAGGCCACGAGCAACUAUCAUCUUCCUCAAGAUCCAGUUCGCAAUGUCGAUUCUGGCUGUUCCCGGUGCGCUGGCUACGCUCGGUGCUGUUGGAGGAGCGCUGUCAAUCGUUGGCUGGCAAAUCCUGAAUACCUACACAGCUGUAAUUCUCGGAGACUUCCGGAAUCGCCAUCCCGAAUGCCACACCCUGGCCGAUAUGUGUGGUCUUCUCUUCGGUUGGAUUGGCAGAGAGCUAGUUGGACUCCAGAUCAUGAUAGCUCAAGUGCUCAUCACAGCUGCCGGAAUUGUAUCUUGCUCAACUGCACUCAAUGCACUCUCAAACCACGGUGCUUGCACUGUAUGGUUCAGCUUUGUCUCCGCAGUAUUGAUUACUGGCUUCUCGUCAGUGAGGACAUUCUCGCGCCUGGGAUGGCUUACCUGGGUCGGCUUUUUUACUUUUUUUAUCGCCGUCUUCAUCUUCGUUGUUGCUGUGACGCAACAGGGUCGUCCGGCUAUUGCGCCAAAGACAGGGCAUUUCGAGCUUGGCUGGACCGCGAUCGCCUAUCCGUCGUUUGCAGCUGGCAUCACUGCCAGCGCCAACAUCUUCAUCAGUGGAAGCGGGUCGAUGAUGUAUAUGCCCGUGGUAUCAGAGAUGAAAAAGCCGACGGAUUAUAGGAAGGCAUGUUUAGUGGCAGGAUUCUUCGUAGGCGUUCUGUAUCUGACAUUCUCGCUUGUUAUCUACCGAUGGUGCGGCGUUUGGAUUGCAACUCCAGCCUUUGGCAGCGCGGGUACUCUUUUCAAGAAGAUCAGCUACGGAAUAGCUUUGCCUGGAUUGGUGAUUGGUGUUGGAAUAUACCAACAUGUCGCCGCUAAGCUAAUAUUUGUGCGCAUACUGCGCAAUACUCACCAUUUGCAAGAGAACACCAUGGUUCAUUGGACCACCUGGCUCGGUUCGAAUCUGAUACUGGGCAUCCUUGGAUUUAUCAUUGCAAGCGCCGUCCCAAUUCUUAACUACCUUCUCGGCCUUGCUGGGUCCUUGUGCUUUGCGCCUUUCUCGCUCGUAUUUCCAGCAUUGCUCUGGAUGUACGACUUCAAGGGAUAUAGAUCCGGCGGUAUAUCCCAGAAGUUGAUAUAUGGCCUCCAUAUCAUCAUUGUGCUCAUCGGCCUGUUUAUGGUCGUUGGCGGAACGUAUGGCGUUGCGCUGUCGAUAAAAGAGGCAUAUGCGACAGGGAUCAUUGGGAAGGCAUUUGACUGUGCAGAUAAUUCUGGAUCUGUUUCUUGA